AUGGAGUUCCGUCCCCCGGUUGGACUACUCAUCCCUGGACGCGGGUUAGUACCUGGAAAUCCUGCGUACCAGCCAAACAAUACCCCGGUUGGAUUGUUUUCCCCGGCCUGGCAUCGGGGAGAUGUCGGCACCAAGAUGGGGUCCGCCCCGGUUUCGGGGGAAAUUCCGGGGGCGGGGUCCUGUCAAAUCGACUUCAAAAGACAGAUGGUGAACAGAUUUCAUGAUGCCUUACAAUCCAGGGUCUUGUUCAUUGUGAGAGCAAAGAAGGAAACUGUCUAUUUUCUGGAUCCUCUGCCCGGAAAUCGAGUGGUUGAUGAGGAGGCCAAAAACAUAUUGAACAGUGCUAUCAAAAUAUAUAAUUCACACAUAGGCAGACAAGGCCGUAAAGCAACCAUUUGGAAAACUCUACCAGGCACACCAAAGCAACCAAGCAGUGUAGAAUGCGGCUAUUAUGUCAUGCGCUUCAUGAGAGACAUCAUCAUGGAUCCUUCCCUAGAGUUUGAGAAGACGUUUGCGAAGGGAAAAGAUCAAGCGCCAUACCCCCAAGCAGCCAUUGAUGAAGUCAGGAAAGAAUGGGCAGAGUUUGUUUGCCUUCAUAUGGAGUAG